CGAACCGUUUAUGGGUCUGCGAGGUCCUUUCCUACGUGUGUGCUUACGUCUGGAGCUCGCAACAACCAGGCUAUCGGCUAAGGGGAAGAGAAGUCUCGUCGUAGAGCAAGGGUUUGGAGGGGAGAGGGCGGCGGUUUUCAUUCCUGUUGGCGGAACUUUCUGGUGUUUGGAAUUGUCCUCGCGCCCCCCAGCCCCAAGGGGUUUGGGACUUAGUCGGGUCGUUUUGGCUGGUUUGAGGGUUUCCAGGUCUCUCAGCUUCCUUAAUCUGCCUCCCACCACCCCAACGUAUGGGGCCAUUUUCUCGCAGUAUAACGUUCGAAUCUUUCCCUACUUCCGUUGCUGCUUUUUAAAAUGGGCAUUUUAGGACCAUGCUAAUAGAAUUUGCCCUGAGUGGCGCAAGGUGACACAUAACAAGGUCCCCACACGUUUGUGUAGUUCCACAAAACCAGGCUUUCAUUGAUGCUUGUUUAAUCAUUAAAGCCACAAGCUACAUGUAGUUCCUAAGGAGGAAAUUCUUAGUACUAGUUCACUUGGUAGUGCUAACAGAAAAAAAAAAAAAAAAGCAAAAACAACCAAACUUUGUAAGAUAAUUUAAAGAAGUUUGUUCUGAGCCAAUGCGUGUGACCACAUCCUGGGGAGCCACAUCCAGAAAGCCUUGAGUAAGGGGUCCCAAGGCGAUCGAAUUAGAUUUUGGUUUUAUACAUUUUAGCGAGACAGGAAUUGCAGGUAAAAUCAUAAAUCAUGGAAGGUAUAUAUUGGUUUGGCCCAAAAAGGCUGAACUGGACAUCUGGAAGGAAGGCUUUACAGCUGGUUUGGCCCAACAAGGUGGGACAUCUCAAAGCGGGAGUUUACAGGUUGGUUACAGGCAUGAUUCUGCCUUCCUGUUAACUGCAUAACUCAGGGCUCUUCAGAUACCCAGAAGUAGGAGAAAAAUGGCCACAUUCAAGGAGUCAGUGACAUUCAAGGACGUGGCUGUGGUCUUCACGGAGGAGGAGCUGGGGCUGCUGGACUCUGCCCAGAGGAAGCUGUACCGAGAUGUGAUGGUGGAGAACUUCAGGAACCUGCUGUCAGUGGGAGGCAAGAUCCAAACUGAGAUGGAGACUAUUCUAGAAGCAGGACCACAUGAAGAGUUGUCCUACCAGCAAAUAUGGGAACAAAUUGAUUUAACCAGGUCUCAAGACUCCGUGGUAAACAACUCUAAGUUCUCCAAACAAGGCAUGAUUCUGCCUUCCCAGGAACUGUAUAACUCAGGACUCUGCAAAUUCCCCAAAGUAGGAGGAAAAAUGACAACAUUCAAGGAGGCAGUGACAUUCAAGGACGUGGCUGUGAUCUUCACCGAGGAGGAGCUGGGUCUGCUAGAACCUGCCCAAAGAAAGCUGUACCGAGAUGUGAUGCUGGAGAACUUCAGAAACCUGCUUUCAUUGGAGCAUCAGCUAUUCCCACGAGACACAUUCCACUUCCUAAGUGAAGAAAAGUUUUGGAUGAUGAAGGCAGCAACCCAUAGAGAAGGGGAUUCAGUAGACAAGGUCCAAACUGAGAUGGAGACUAUUCCAGAAGCAGGACCGCAUGAAGAGUUGUCCUGCCAGCAGAUCUGGGAACAAAUUGCAAGUGACUUAACCAGGUCUCAAGACUCCAUGAUAAAUAACUCUCAGUUCUCCAAACAAGGUGAUGUGCCCUAUCAGACUGAGGCAGGACUAUCUCUUAUUCACAUAGGACAGAAAACUUACCAGUGUAAAGAACAUAAACAGUUCUUCAGUGAUUUCUUUGUCUUUGAUCUUCAGCAGCAAUUACACUCAAGAGAGAAGUCUCAUACGUGUGAUGAGUGUGGAAAGUGUUUCUGUUACAGAUCAGCUCUUCGUAUUCAUCAGAGAGCCCACAUGGGAGAAAAACUUUAUAAGUGUGAUGUGUGUGGUAAGGAAUUCAGUCAGAGCUCACAUCUGCAAACUCAUCGGAAAGUUCACACUGGAGAGAAACCAUUUAAAUGUGAGCAAUGUGGGAAAGGCUUCAGUCAUAGAUCAGGACUUUAUGUUCAUUGCAAAUUACACACAGGAGAGAAACCUUAUAAUUGUGAGAAAUGUGGAAAGGCCUUCAUUCAUGAUUCCCAGUUUCAGGAACAUCAGAGAAUCCAUACUAGGGAGAAACCAUUCAAAUGUGAUAUAUGUGGUAAGACUUUCCAUAGUAGAUCAAAUCUGAAUAGACAUUCCAUGGUUCACACAAGAGAGAAACCAUUCAAAUAUGAUACAUGUGAUAAUAUUAAUAGCUUUGGUCAGAGAUCAGCAUUUAAUAAUCAUUGCAUGGUCCACAUAGAGAAACCAUACAAAUGUGAGGAGUGUGGAAAAGGCUUCGCUUGUAGGCAAGAUCUUUGUAAGCAUCAUAUGUACCACACUGGAGAGAAACCAUAUCAUUGUAAAGAAUGUGGAAAGAGCUUCAGAUGGUCCUCAAGUCUGUCGAGACAUCAGCAUAUCCAUACUGGAGAAACACCAUUUGAAUGUGGGAAGGGAUUUUAUACGAAUUCACGGCGCUAUUCCCAUCACAGACCCCACAGUAUAGAAAAGUCAUACAAAUGUAAGAAAUGUGGGAAGAGCUACAUUAGUAAGUUUAAUCUUGACUUGCACCAGAGAGUCCACACGGGAGAGAGACCUUAUAAUUGUCAGGAAUGUGGGAAGAGCUUCAGCUGGGCCUCAGGUAUUUUGAGACAUAAGAGACUCCAUAGUGGAGAAAAACCAUUCAAAUGUGAAGAGUGUGGGAAGAGAUUUACUGAGAAUUCAAAACUUCAUUCUCAUCAGAGAGUUCACACGGGGGAAAAGCCAUACAAAUGUGAGGAGUGUGGAAAGGACUUCAGAUGGGCCUCAACUCACCUAACUCAUCAGAGACUCCACAGCAGAGAAAAACCAUUCAAAUGUGAGGACUGUGGGAAGAGCUUUGUGCAUAGUUCAUACCUUAAAGACCAGCAAAGAGACCAUAGUGGGGAAAAACCAUACAAAUGCGAAGACUGUGAGAAAGGUUAUAAGAGGCGCUUGAAUCUUGAUAUGCUUUUAUCAUUAUUUUUAAAUGACACAUAAUUAUUAUAUAUAUUUAUGAUAUGUAAUGAUCAAAUCAAUGUAAUUAGCAUAUCCAUCACCUGAAAUAUUUAUCAUUUCUUUGUUUGGGGAACCUUCCAAAUUUACUAUUCUAGCUAUUUGAAAAUAAACACGAAAUUGUUGUUAAUUGUAGUCACCUUGCACUGCUGUAGAAUGCUAGAACUUACUCCUCCUAAUGAGCUGUACUUUUGUAUCCAUUAGCCAACCUCUGGCUAUCCUCCCUACCCCAUGCACCCUUCUCUACCUCUAAUAAUCACUCUAUUCUACUCUCUACUGCUAUGAUGUCAACAUUUUAGCUUUUGCAUAUGAGUAAGAAUAGUAUUUAUGUUUCUGUGUCUGGCUUAUAUCACUUAACAUAA